CUAUUUUUUGUAGAAAUGGAUUCUCACUCUUGCUCAGGCUGGAAGCUCUUUAUUUCCUUUCUUAUCUAUUAGAUUGUAAGCUCCAUGACAGUAGAGAACAUGCUGGUUCUUUGUCCACUGUAUGUACUUUGCUAAGCCUGUGGUGCACAGUGAUACCAAUAAAUCUUUGCUAAAUAAAGUUGAUACAAGGAAUUCAUCUAAUAGGGGAGUAGGCACAUUGCAAUACAAUGUACAUGAGUGGUAUAACAAAGUUAGUGAUGUUCUGGGAAACUGGUUCUCAAAAAAAAAAAAAAGACCCUGAUUUGUCAUUUUCUGAUUUCCCAUGGUGUAAAUACUUCCAUCACAGCUGAUUUCAAGUUACCAAUGGUUUAAAAAUUGACUUACAAAAUUCCUGAACAUCUAACAGUUGGCUCUUCAAAGCCGGUAUGAGCUGGCUCUAACAUAUCACUGGAAGAGAGGCUGGCACGUGGGUGCAAUGAGUGUACAAGAAAGGGCCACUAGAACAUCCUAAUGGGUUAGGAGGUUUCAACAAAGGCUUCCUGGAGGAGGUGACACAUCUGUGUUUUGAAGGAUGGGUAUAUUGGCUCAGGCCUAAUACCACUAAACUGGCUAACGUAACCCUGCUCUGGGUAGCAGAGCUGUUCCUGGUUCCCCUACUCAGCUCAUGGCUGCUUGCCUGAGGGUUAUCACCUGACUCAGUCCAAUCCUCAGAAAAUCCUUCCAUGUGGCUGGUGUUCUAUGGAUUGACUUUGAAUCCAACAGAGGAGAAUUAGACAGUUAAAGAGAGAGAGUUUUCCAAACAGGGACAAUUUAUGCAAAGGUGAGAGAGCAAAUGCAAUAAAACAGUUUGGUAAAUCUAGGUCUAUAGGGAAGGGAGGGAGAGCAGAUUAGCUCCUGAAAGGCUUUGUUUGCUAGGCUGAGGAACAUAAACUGAUUUCUACUCUUGGCUGGGCAGGUGGCAGAGAGAAGGGGAAAGGGAACAGUCACUUUUCUUCCAUAAUUCUUAUUAUAGCUGGGAACUGUGGUUUUGUUGUUGGUUUUGCUUUUUGGUAUGAGAUCAAUUUGAUCAAUUUCUGUCUCUUCCAACAGAAUGUCAACUCCAUAAAGGCAGGUACUAUUCUGUUCACUAUCAUUUCUCAGUACCCAGCACUGGUACUUAGUAAGCAACAAAAUACAUGCUUGUUGAAUGAAUCACCUGGGGACUUUAAAAAAAUGACCAUGCCCACCUACCCUACAAUAAGAUUUGAUAUAAAUCUUCCUUCUCUGACCACCCAACCACAAUAUGGGAUGGGAAGGAGAGUAGUGGGGCUGGCAGUCAUAUUUAACAAAAGCUACCCAAGGUAUUCAUUUCCAUUCCUCUACCCAAAGCCAGUUAAGUGGAGCCUUUAAAGGAUUUUACCACAAUGACUUGAUUAAAUUUGCUGUUUGCAUCAAUAUAGGCUUGAGUGCAGGAGGGAGGACCUAAUAGAGGUAAUGAGAUCAGUAAGGAAGCUCAUGUAAUAAUCAGAAUAAGAAAUGAUAUGGGUGGGAAUUAAAUCACUGGCAGUGGGUGUGAAGAGGGAGCAGAUUGAAGAGAGAGUUGGGAGAGAGAAUCGACAAGAUUUGGUGACCAUUUGAACACAGAUAGAAGACGAAGUGAGAGAGAGGGAGGAAUCCAGGUUGAAGGGUGGAGUGAAUAUUAGUGAGUAGGGAGAAGGGGUAGGACAUUUGAGAUGCCUGUGGGGGCAUGGAUGAGAAGUAGGGAAUACAAUCUCAAAAGAGAAAGGGCCGGAGUCUCACCUGUCCCAUCCCAAUACCAAGAACAACUGAGAACACAAAUAUUUAGGUGUAUUAUAAAAAGAAUUCUUGAAGGAAACUGUGUAGAAUGGAUUGAGAGGAAGUGAACUUGAAUAGCAUCAUAGAAAAUAAGUGAUAAUGUCGAACAGCGUCAAGUGACUAAAGUUUAAGUUAGAAUGAGCCCGAAAAUACCUCCAAUGAGUUUGGCAACUAGGACACUGAAGGCGACAAGACGUCUUCCGCGGGGGCAGAAGCUGCAGUGCGGAGUGAACACAGCCCCCCCACGUGACCCGGACGCCGGCGGCGCGGAGACUACGAGCCCCAGAAGGCCCCGCGCCGGGGGGCGGAGCCGAGGCCUGGUUUGCGCCCCGGCUGCGCGAGCGGAAGAGCGAGAGCUUCACGGAGGCGGCGGAAGCGGAGAGCUACGGCGCCCGGGUGAGGUUGCUGUCAGAAGGGAACUUUGUACAGUUUGCCUUCGACAUAAUCUAUCUGCAUGUUGUAGCAUUUUAUUCAAAAAAUAAAUGUCAUUGAUGUGAUUGAAGUGUUGCCAUGCAGCAAGAAGCAGAGAGAUUCAGAGUUCGAGCCAGAAGGCCUGACAUGGCACUCUAUGUACCUAAAGCUCGAAGGGGCGCAGUACUCCUUAAGGCAGGUGAUGAAGGCAAAAGCUGUGGUUCACCUAAUUCUGUGGUGAAAGAAGAACAAAAAGAAGGUUGUCUCUCCCAAAAGGAAAUCUUUAGAGACAAACCUGAGGCCCAAAGACUAAGUAUUAGUCCUGAUAGAAAGGAACAUAAUUAUAGGGAAGGAAAGAAAUCUUCAGCAAAAUUAAGAAAAGACAUAUGCCUUCAAAAAAGAAAUAAAGAUAGGGUUUGUACUAAGAGGGAAACUACAGAAUCCAAAGAAGUAUUAUCCCAAAGACAUCAGCAAAGAGCCCCAAAUACUGGAAUUAUACCUAAUGCACCUUUACAGAGACAUUUUAAACCAAAGAAUCUAGAGUGUUUAGAGGUUGAAACCACAAAUGUGACAAGGCAUGAGAGAAUACUUCUAUCACAGUCUUGUUCAGAAAUUAGUGAGGCUCAGGUUCUAAGCAAACCAUUUCAAAAUGUGGAAUUCUGUGAUUUCGGUAGGCACGAACUAAGUGGGGAAACGUUUGAAGCCAGGGAUUUGGAACACAGAAUUGAAACUGAUGCUAAGGUUGUAGAGAUACUAUCCCAGUCUCCUAAGGUUUUUAAUUCUGUAUUGAAACCAGAGGAUAUGAUUGCAACAAUAAAAAUAAGCUCUGAUUCUGGAAUUGUACAACAAGACAUACAAACAUCAGAUGGAAUGUUGAAACUCAACAAUGAAGGCAUCACCGCUCUUUCUGUUUCUGGAAGUCUGGAUAGUGUCAUUGAUCAAACCUGUAUAGACUUUGAAGCUGAGAAUGUAGGUGAGGUAGCCAGUAGUACAGGUUUCAUCUUGGAUCAGAAAGAUGCAGAUUCCAUUCCUGAGACUAUGGGUCACAUCUCUCAUAAAAUGUCUGUAGUCAGCAAAUUAAAGAGCACAAAUGGCAUUGUUGAUCCAAUAAUGUUUAAAGAGUAUGAGAAGAAUGACAGCAUUGCUGAUGAGUUAUGUGUAAAGUAUGAACCUUCUGAUACAGCUAUCCUUUCUCAUGAAACAGAUACAGAUAAUGGAUUUAAGAGUGUAGGUGACAUUACCAGUAAAGCAUGUAUGAUGGACAUUACAGAUACCAUAUGUUGUGAUCAUAUAGCUGUUGGCAGCCCUUAUGUAGUUGCAGUUAGAAUAGCUGAUGAGACCUGUAACGAUACAAGUAGUUUCUCAAAAUGUAUAGGAAUGAGUGCAGAUGCAGCCCUGCUUCAUGUAGCUAGAAGUGGGAAUGACACUGAAAAUUUCAGCACUUUGACUGCUUGCUCAGAUAUUUAUGCUGAGAGUAUUUCAUCUAGUUGUACAGAGUCAACAGGAAAGUUGACAGAGAGCCUGUCAGAUUGUGCUUCUUCCUUACCUGUAAAGAAGAUUGUUGGUGGUAAUUGUAACACUGUUUUGGACUCUGAACUCAAUAUGUUAAAUGGGACAAAAGAACUUUCAGACAGUGCCUUGGGCAAUGAUCUGGAUAGUACUAGUGAUACAACAGAGGCCUUACAUGAACUAAGAACUGCUGAAGAGUUCAAAAUAAAAGAACAAGAUGACUCAGAGAAUAUAGAAUUUGGUGUAUCCUUUCCUGAUAGAGAAUCAUUAUCUAUGGAAGCAUCCAUGGAACCAAAAGUGACUGAAACUUUUCAUGUGGAGGAGAGUGCUAUUGCUGAGGAGAGCUGGGAGUCUUUGUUUAAUGAUGAUGGUGACUGCCUGGAUCCACGUCUUCUACAAGAGUUAUCAGGGAAUAUAAAGAACAGAGAAAACAUCCAGGAGCCUAGAUUUGAUUAUUACAGCCAUGACGUCCCUGAUAUUGACCUCAGUGAUUGUGAAUUCCCGCAUGUCAUUGAAAUUUAUGACUUCCCCCAAGAAUUUCGUACUGAAGACCUUCUGCGAGUUUUUUGCAGUUACCAAAAGAAAGGAUUUGAUAUUAAAUGGGUGGAUGAUACACAUGCACUAGGAGUAUUUUCCAGUCCAAUUACAGCUCGUGAUGCGCUGGGUAUUAAACAUACCAUGGUGAAGAUCCGGCCCUUGUCACAGGCCACAAGAGCAGCCAAGGCCAAAGCUAGAGCUUAUGCUGAGUUCCUCCAGCCAGCAAAGGAGCGUCCUGAGACUUCAGCAGCCCUGGCCAGAAGGUUAGUCAUCAGUGCCCUUGGGGUUCGAAGUAAGCAGAACAAAACAGAACGGGAAGCUGAGCUCAAGAAACUGCAGGAAGCCCGAGAGAGGAAACGGUUGGAAGCCAAGCAACGGGAAGACAUCUGGGAAGGCAGAGACCAGUCUGCAGUUUGAACAUAAUGACAGGGAUAAUUCCAUGAAUCAGAAAAUGUUUCCAUAGUCUUCAGAUAAGAGGAUCCUUCCAGAGCUCUGUGUACAUGCAGAUGUGUAUGUUAUAGAGAUAAAGAGAUCAAGACAAGGACUGACAGGGUAUCGAAAGAAGAUAGACUCCUGUCUUCACUCCUAAAUGCAGUUCUUUGGAAUUGCUCUACUGUGGUGGGAAUAGCAGGGAGCCAUCAGCUAGGAAGAAACAUGGAAGGUGUGACUUCCAAGAGUCCUCUGGACAGGGCAAGUCAUGUUAGCGUGGGUCACACUUCCAUGAUGUUUAAAACAAAUACAAAACAGAACAGAGGAUUCAAACCUGCAAUGAUGGGAGAUUUAGGCCCUACAAAGACAGAGCAUUCCUUACUACCUAACAAAGUUGAGAGAAGCAGUAUGGGGAGCAUGGGAGGGGGCGGGUAGGGAGCAGUUAAUACCAAGAGACAGAACAGUGUCUGGUGUACUGGGUAUACACAGAAGCUACACUGCCGGUUCCAGAACUCCAAAGUUGAUGAACUGCAGCAGAUGCGGAUAUUUAGACUCUAGAGUUUGUAUGAGCUCAGUGCCUGGGGCUCUUCCAGCUGCACAGCAGCCAGGGGUCAUGCCAGCUUCAUUCUUCUUAGUAAGCCAGCCUUUGGGAGCUGUGUGCCAGUUCCAGUUUAAGCAGGUAUAUCAUGUUGUAAGAGGGAGACAUUAAAGCCCGUUUUAUGACAUA